AGAUCACAAGGUCAAAAGAUCAAGACCAUCCUGGCCAACAUGGUGAAACCCUGUCUCUACUAAAAAUACAAAUAUUAGCUGGGUGUGGUGGUGCGGGCCUGUAGUCCCAGCUACUCAGGAGACUGAGGCAGGAGAAUCGCUUGAACCCAGGAGGCGGAGGUUUCCAUAAGCAGAGAUUGCACCACUGCUCUCCAGCCUGGUGACAGAGGGAGACUCGGUCUCAAAAAAAAGAAUUCCAGUAAUGAGCUGAUCAUGGGUCUAACUCCUUGAAUACCGGGAACAAACACCAUGUCAUAUCACAUAAUGAGACAGGGAGACAUUCUGAUCCCCAUCUCAGAGACAAAAAAUGCCAAGGCUGGAAGGAUCAAACUGCCCACCUUGUCACAUGUUAGCCACGGGGCAGCCUGCCUUACUGAUUCUUCAUGAGCAUUUAUAGUGACUAGCAUUUACUGAGCACCUAUUAUGUGCCAUUUCUGUGCACCCAGCAACCCCUUUAAGUCCUUGUUUCUUUUUUUUUUCUUUUUGAGAUGGAGUCUUGCUCUGUUACCCAGGCUGGAGUGCAAUGGCACCAUCUCAGCUCACUGCAACCUCAGUCUCCCAAGUUCAAGUGAUUCUCCUGCCUCAGCCUCCUGAGUAGCUAGGAUUACAGGCACCCACCAUGCCCAGCUAAUUUUUGUGUUUUUUGGUAGAGAUGGGAGUUUCACCAUAUUGUUCAGGCUGGUCUUGAACUCCUGACCUCGUGAUCAGCCUGCCUCGACCUCCCAAAGUGCUGGGAUUACAGACGUGAGCCACCGCGCCCAGCCUUAAGUCAUUGUUUCUAAUCCCAAGAAGCAAGGAAAUGGCGUCAGGGAAGGAACAAGGUUUGCCCAAGGUCAGGCAGGGGCAGAGGUCAAGCUCAGAACCCUCACCUGCCCAGAGCACGUGACCAGGACUCAGGCUCUCUAGGCUUCCUUCCAAAGGCUCAGCAGUGAUGACCCAGCCCUUGAACCAGCCUCUACCCCUACCCAGGCAGCCACCUCUCAGGGGAAUUGUGGCCACCGCAGGUGCAGGGAGCACUUCCUCUCUACUCAUGGCCUGAAGCAUACCCGGCAGGGGCUGUCCCCAGGCCCAACGAGCAAAGGACCCAGCAGCGAGGACCACUAGAGCCCAUCUCCGGGGGGCUGGGCAGGAAAUAGGGUGGGGUUUGGGUAGGGAGCUGGUACCCCAGGACUGCUGCAGCUCAAACUAACGCAUCGACCGGGAGAAGAUGCCUGGGGGUCUCGGAGUCCUCCAAGCUCUGCCUGCCUCCAUAUUCCUCCUCUUCCUGCUGUCUGCUGCCUACCUGGGCCCUGGGUGCCAGGCCCUGUGGGUGCACAAGGGCCCAACAUCGUUGAUGGCAAGCCUGGGGGAAGAGGCCCACCUACAGUGCCUUCACAAUGGCAGUAACACCAACGUCACCUGGUGGCGUGUCCUCCACGGCAACUACACGUGGCCCCCGGUGUUCGUCGGCCUGGGCCAGGGUGUCAACGGUACGCUGACCAUCCAGAACGUGAACAAGAGCCACGGAGGCAUAUACAUGUGCCGUGUCCAGGAGGGCAACAAGCCAUACCAGCAGUCCUGCGGCACCUACCUCCGCGUGCGCCACCCGCCCCCCAGGCCCUUCCUGGACAUGGGGGAGGGCACCAAGAACCGCAUCAUCACAGCCGAGGGGAUUAUCCUCCUGUUCUGCGCAGUGGUGCCUGGAACGCUGCUGCUGUUCAGGAAACGAUGGCACAAUGAGAAACUCGGCUUGGAUGCUGGGGAUGAAUAUGAAGACGAAAACCUUUAUGAAGGCCUGAACCUCGAUGACUGCUCCAUGUAUGAGGACAUCUCCCGGGGCCUCCAGGGCACCUACCAGGAUGUGGGCAGCCUCCACGUAGGAGAUGUCCAGCUGGAGAAGCCGUGACACCCCUCCCCUGCCAGGCUGCCACCACCUGCAGUAUAUCCAGCUCCAGGGUUUCUCCUCACUUCCCGGGAACAUUCUCCCUUCAGCCCUCCGGGAGGAUUCCUUAGUCAUCUUCCCCUGGUUGGGGGCGGGGAGGUAACUUCCUCUUCUCCAGUGAGGAGAAGAGUGAGGUUACCCUGGAUUCCUUGGACUCCCCCCGGGGGUGUCCCACUCUUCUUUUCUCUAGACUGCCCCACCCCCCACCCCUUAACCCAGUCCUCCCCCUGCUGCCUUUCCCAGGCUCCCACCACCCCAGCAGGUAAUGAGCCCUUAAUCGCUGCCUCUAGGGAAGCUGAUUGUAGCAGCCUCGUUAGUGUCACCCCCUCCUCCCAGUCCUGUCAGGGCCACUUAGUGAUAAUAAAUUCUUCCCAA